AAACAAAAGGCCACGGUUUCUCCAAAACGGUCGAAAUCGUUAUAACUUAUAAAUUUGGGUAUUAUUUUGUUUAGGAACAAAUAAACAGAUGGAGGAUUCAUGAUCUCCACCACCACCUAAGAAAUGCGAGAUUUAAGCUCCGUUUACAAAAACAGAGUUCCAAAAAUAAAUUAGUAAACCCUAAUUUUCAACCACAAAACUUUGGAGAUUACGUUCCUUGAUAUACACGCCUUUUCUCCUAUAUUCAAAAGCAAUUCAUCUUCUUUGAUCUCAAGGUAGCGUCUCAGGUCGUUAUUUGAUUUUUUUUGAUAAUGGCAACGACGUCUAGUACAACGAAAACGAAACCGGACAACAAAAACCUCACCAGAUCAAGAUCUCUAGGCAGAAAGCCAAAGCCGGUCUCAUCAUCAGAACCUGAAGCUAACGCUGAUGGAUCUGAUCGGAAAACAAUCGAGAAGCCUUUGCCCAAUUACCUGAAACCAACAAUCAGCUCGAGACCUGACCCGGUCAAGUUCUUGAGGAAGAACAACAACGCUGUCGAAGACAAUCAGAAGCUUCUUCGUAGACGAUCCUUUGAUCGUCCUCCUUCCUCUUUGACUUCUCCGUCAACUUCAGCACCCCACAAAUCUCUCCAUACCUCUGCUGCAGCACACCCACGGGAAAGACCCGCGGUUCCAAGAGAGAAGCCUGUCACUGGUCUGCGUUCUACAUCUUUCCAUGGAAGCAGCAGAGGCGGUCUCAGAGGAAGCAGUACGGUCAAAUCGCCUCCUGUGGCUACAAGAGGAUCUUCUGGGGUAAAGAAGAGCGGACUAAACGGUAGCUGUUCUUCUCAGAGCAAAAAGGAAGGUUCUGAGAAUGUUCCAAAGAAAUCUUUGAGUAAAGAGGUUACCCCGGAAUCGUCGCCUCGUGCGCCUGCUCAUGAGGACGAACAGGAGAUUGUCAAGGUGGAGACCAAUGUAGACACUUCUGACCUCAAAGACGAAACAAAAGAGGAAGACAAAGAUCAGCUUGCACAACCAGAUGAAGCCGGUGAAGAGAAGGAGACCAGUCCAGUGGCUGCCUCCACAGAAGAAGAAAAAGAAGAACUGAUCAAUGAGAAAACCGAAGAACAAACAGAGGAGCUGAAAGAGCCAGAGAGCACCCAAGAAGAAAAAGGCGAAGACGAGGAUGAAAUUAAAGAGAAAGUUGAUGAGGAGAAGAACAUCGAGACAGUUGCUACUAGUACAGAUAUAAAAGAAGCUGCGAACAUCGAAGAAAGUAAGGAAGAGGAACAGGAAGAACCAGAAGUUAAAGAAGAAGAGAGCGAAAGCAGCAAAUCGAAAGAAGAAACAACAGAAACAGAGGCUCAAGUAGAAGAAGUAGCAGAGGAAGGAACAAAGAAGGAAGUGGUGCAAGGAAAGAAGGAAUCUCCAACUGCCUACAACGAUGUAAUAGCAAGUAAGAUGCAGGAGAACUCGAAGAAGAACAAGGUCUUGGCUCUUGCUGGAGCCUUUCAAACCGUUAUUGACUAUGAAACUGCUGCAUCUAAGUGAUCUACAUCUGCAUCAUAUCACAUGCAAACAUAGCAACUGCAUCUUAUUAUUAGCUUUCUUUUGUCAGUGUUUUUUUUAUUGUUUCUUGCUAUACUUUUUUUUUUCUUGUUUUCGUCUAGUAUCAAUGUUGGACUAUGAAUUAUAUGGUUUUUGCCUGUGAACAUGAACUACUCAUCAGCUUCGUUGUU